UAUAACAUUAAACAAAUAUUCGACCAUAGACGAAACCACGGCAAAACAAAAUACUUUAUUAAAUGGGAAAAUUAUAGGUAUAAAAAAAACAUUUGGGAACCCCUUAACCACCUCCAAAAUUGCCAGGAACCGCUCCGCCAAUAUUAUUAG